AUGCUGUUACCUGAAACACUAAGUGAUUCAGAGCGUCAGCUCCAGGACUUAAUUGGGCAGACAGUGCCCAGAGAAACGUCAUCCCAUUCACUAAGUGACGUCUGCUACCUUGCUUUACAGGGCCUCCUCUAUAAGCUGCUCUGUGACCGCAUUGCUCUCUACAUAUUCUGUGCUGCGCACCCUAACCUUUUGGCUGUGGUCAUGUACAGGUCAACCAAAGGAGCGUCCAAGGCGAGGAGGGAUCACAUCAACACCGAGAUCAGGAACAUGCGAGCCCUCCUCCCAAUUUCGGAAGAUGAGAAAGAACACCUGUCCUACCUGCACACCAUGUCUGUCGCCUGCAUCUACAUCAGAAAGUCUCUAUUCUGUCAAGGUAAAAAGAAAACGUAUACUUCCUGCCUCCCGUAUGAGGAUUUCCUGCAAGCUCUGCCUGGCUUUAUUGUGGCUGUGUCCAGUGAAGGAAAAUUGAUUUACAUUUCAGAGAAUGUCACUGACUACCUUGGCUACUCCAUGGUGGAUCUAUUCCAAGGAAAUGGUUUUUAUCACAUGAUCGAAAGCUCCGAUCUGGAUAUCGCAAAAGCCCAUCUACAAUCAAACUCAUCAUCAGAAACAGAACGCUCAUUCGUCUGCCGGAUGCACACUUCCAAAUCGUUUCGGCUCAGACAUGGCAGUAGCUGUGCAGUGCUGGUCAGGGGCAGGUUUCACGCUUUCCCGGGAACUCCAGCCUCGUCCUCCAGCUCUGGAGCUGUCUUUGUGGCAGUGUGCACCCCCACUGUGAACCGGCUGCAGGGCUCCGAGACUCAUUCCUAUGUGCAGCGGUUUCAAAGUCAGCACCAGCCUGAUAUGAUAUUUACAGAUGCCCCGGACAAUAUAUUUUAUCAUCUUGGGUAUUCCACUGAGGAAAUGACUGGCCGGUCUUGGUACAGCUUGCUACACCCAGACGACCUUGGCUUUGCAUCAGCCAAGCACAAGCUGCUGUUGAAGGGACAUGAAGGGAGAUGUCAUGUUGAAAUGGUGGUGAGACUGCAGUGCAAGGACCUUUCCUGGACCUGUGUAUACAUCCAAGCCCAGCUGGAUUCUGCAAGGCAAUCUGUGACCUGUAUAAACUACAUUAUCAGGUAA